AAGCACAGUUUUACUACUGAACGUAUUUAGGCUUGCUAUAACAAAGGGUUUGAAUAGUUAUUGAUCAAGACAUUUAAGCUUUUUAUUUUUUAUAAAUUGUAAAAAUGUCUAAAAACCUAAUUUCACUUUGACAUUAUGGGGUAUUGUUUGUAGGCCACUGACAUAAAAUCUCAAUUUAAUCCAUUUUAAAUUCAGGCUGUAACACAAACAUUUUUGGAAGAAUUCAAGGGAUGUGAAUUCUUUCUGAAGGCACUGUAGUUACAACAGAUAAUUAUAGACUAACAUGCGACAUUUACUUAAAUAAAUAUGUUACUUAAACAUACUUGGUUAACUCAUGUUCCCUUCCCCAAAAGGGAAUGUAUCUGUCUGCGUCUACCGCCACAUCGUCAUAUUUAUUCCAUAUCAAUCCAUAUCCACAGUGAAUCAAAUACAGUAAAAUAAUUAAUCAAAUCAUUUUCACUCUACCAUACCCCAGUGGUGGCUGGUGCUGCUAGAAACUAAGAAGGCAAGAUACCGAUACUGCCAGGUUUGUUCAGAGGCUUGUCAACAAGUUGGUGUUUAUGUGACGUUAAAGUGCCUAACAAAAGACAUAAGGUUGGUCAAUCGUUGUUUUGUAAUCUGACGUCAUAUGUUGGCAGAAAAACUGGCCAGGCAGGUUGAGCGCACCAAUGUGUGGGGUGGGGAAGCUCGUUACCAGUACACUUUUGAGUUGUAGCCUGUGAUUCACGGUAAACAGCGGUGAGAUGCUGAAAAAGAAAAUCUGCAGCCUUGUGCUUUUAUGUUUCUUAUCUUUCUCAGUAUAUUUCUGGUAUCAGUUGAGAUACUCAAAUGUUCCUAAAUGGAGUAGGAAUGCUUUGCUGUUCAGUUUGAAGGAUUCCCAAAGUGAAAAUGGAUUAAUAAAAUCAGGAGUCGAUUAUAGAGGUAUCCACUUGGAGUCAGACUUAGGGAAAGAAAAUGAUUUUUCAGAAACUACAGAGACCAAAACCCACAAGACCCCCCUCGUGACCGAAGAAUUUGAGAAAUGCCCAGAUCACUCUCCCCUUCUAGUUGGGCCUCUCAGGAUUGAGUUCUCUACGCCUGUCAGCUUGGACACAGUGAGGAAGGAGAACCCAGGUCUGCAGGAAGGCGGUCGCUACAAACCACAUGACUGCGUCGCCCUCCAGAAGGUUGCUCUCAUCAUCCCCUUCCGCCAUCGUGACGAGCACCUCAAGUUCUGGCUCUACUACCUCCAUCCCAUCCUUCAGCGCCAACAGCUGGACUAUGGCGUCUAUGUUAUCAAUCAGGAUGGAGACAACACGUUCAACAGGGCCAAGCUGAUGAACAUUGGCUAUGCUGAGGCCCUGAAAGAGUAUGACUACGACUGCUUUGUGUUCAGUGACGUGGACAUCAUCCCCAUGGAUGACCGCAACACCUACAAAUGCUUCAGCCAGCCCAGACACCUGUCUGUCUCCAUGGACAAGUAUGGCUUCAAGUUGCCCUAUAAUCAGUACUUUGGCGGUGUCUCAUCGUUGAGUAAAGAGCAGAUCAUGAAAAUCAACGGCUUUCCCAACAACUAUUGGGGGUGGGGUGGUGAAGAUGACGACAUUUUCAACAGGGUGGAUAACAGAAAAAUGUACAUCUCUCGUCCGGACAGCGAAGUCGGAAAAUGCCGGAUGAUCCGUCACGAAAGAGACAAAAAUAACAACGACAAUCCUCAGAGGUUCAAGAGAAUAACUCACACGUUAAUGACGAUGGAUACGGAUGGCCUCAACUCUCUCGAGUACGAAGUUGUCGCAGUUGAAAAGCAUGACCUGUUCACAAAGAUUACAGUAGACGUGGGGAUGCCACCCGAAGAUUAAGAAGACAUGGACAAAGGAUGAAUGAGGAAGAGAUGAACAAACAGGGCCCUGCGAGCCCGUUUGUAAAUCCGGAACGGUGAAGAAGGCAGGAACCACCUGGAAUGAGGUCAAGAAAACUUCCCAGGACAGUACGAGAGAUGCUGGGUAAGAGGGCAGCGCACAAUCUAUUUGUUGCGUUAACCAAUAACCAAUUGCAGAGGCUGCAGCGGUUAUAAUACAACACUGUAGAACCGUAACAUGACUUAGCGUGAAUCUUUGAGGAGGUGUCAUGAUAUCCACCUACUAAUUGGCACUUUUGUCCGUCGAGCGGCCAAUUGGCAGAGCUUUGUGUAGCGCUACCUUCAACUGCUUUCGCCGUAACUCGGGAAAAACAAGGUCCCAACUCUGAAAUAACCCCCCCUCCAAAUUCCAAUUACAAGUGGGGAAAGUCGGAGAUUAUUUUGAUACCCAAGUUGUGACGUUUCAUCUCUGACCUUUCACCUUUUCAAGGAGCAAACUUUUGGUUUACAAAUACUGUAUUUUUGCUCUACACUAGUGUACAUCAAGCAAGGGCUAUGGAAUGUAAAGGUUUCAGAGAUGCUUUUUGAUAUUGUUGUCGAUCGAAUGUGUUACCUUUCCUCCUUGAAGUUAUUUUCUGUGUGAAAAUCGGAACUUUAAUUUUGUCUUUUUUUAGUUAUUGGGCUAUUAUAGUGUGGCUACUGUGUGAGCCGUGGGAAACUCCAACAAAUAAUAACAAAAUGUUCAACUGUUCAAAAUAAAAUGACAGAGACCUCUUC